GCUGAUAAUCAAGUUGCUGGUUUUGCACAAAGCUAUGUUGGCCAUGGUGACCAGGGUGUGCAGGUGACCAUUGAUGUCCUCACAGUCAAGGGAGCUGGCCAUAUGGUCCCAAAUGACAGACCGGGUCCGUCCGUCCAGAUGAUCACCAAUUUCAUGUUCCCUGAUGCAAAUGGUGCAGUGAAUUAUACCAGCUCGGCAUACACUAAUCCUCAACCAGACGUAAGUCUUUUUUCCCCACAGGUACAAAAACCCACAGAAACGGACUACUGGACCUAG